ACAAAUUCAUUUACAUUACAAUGACUUCUUUUUUAUUCACGCCAUUGUCCAGUGAAUCGGAAUUUCUCUCUGUAAACACCGAUUCUUCUGUGCUGACCAUUAUCCUUCCUUGAUUCAUCAAAAGGCGCAGUUGUGUGGGGGUUUUUGGUUUCUUUCCCCUUCCUCUCUCAUGCAUCACACUCUUCUGGUUAUGGUUGUGGAACAAUAAUUAGGUAAAGAUAUAAUAGUGAUUUAUUUCCCAUGAUUUAAUAGCUGACAGCAGGAGUAUUUGACUUGGAGCAUCUGUACAUUGGUUUCAUACGCUCUUGCCGUGAUAAACGAUAUACAUGAUUUGUUGUAUCUUGGAGAAUUGAAAUACAAGAUCAGUGGUAUCUGGAGUAGAGAUGGAAAGAACUGGAUCUAAAUCUCUGCGAAAUAUUUUUUCUUACCUAACAUUUUUUAUCCUGAUCGUCCUUCCACGAAGGGGAUUCUUAUGCGAUGGUGCUAAUAUCUUUGUAUUCGCCUCGUACGGAGAAGGAAGUCGCUUUAUGGCGCCUGCUAGCAUUGCUGCAGAACUCGCAGACAGGGGACACAACGUCACAGCUCUGAUCAGCAACGCUUAUAGCUACCGGCAGAAAGACGAACUGUAUAAGAAUAUUUCUUUCGAAAUCUUCACGCACAAGGUCCCUCUCGACGUCGUAAAGGAGCGUCAGCUCCGUAUUCCACGAGCAGCCUUUGACAAGAAGACUUCAUGGAAGUUCGACUUCGUGAAGAAAAUCAACAAAAUUGCAGCGGAGCACAUCGAGGAUUGCGAAGCCAUUCUCGAUGACAAGGGGCUUGUGAAGCGUCUGCUCGAUCGCGAGUUCGACCUCGCAAUUAUCGACCAGUUCUGGCCGUGUUCGAUGAUCGUGGCUGAGCACGUCGCUCGUGGGCAUGUCGCCAUGAUGCCCACAGCCUGGAUGAAUGCGAUUGCACGCCUAAAUGGAAACCCUACCAAUUUCGCAGUCGUCCCUGAGGUUAACACUGGGUUAACCCCGCAAAUGACAUUCAGACAGAGAAUCAAGAAUUUCUUUCAUUCGUUCCUUGUCUCUUUCUCCAAGUGGGCAGUUAAUAAACUCACACCUGUAAUGAGAAAGUAUGACAUCUGCCCAGGAUAUUACCCAUCCGACCUCUAUCAACGAGCUCAGCUGGUAAUAUCCAAUGUCGAUUUCGCUGUAGAUUUUCCUAUUGCUACCCAACCGCAUAUCAUCACUGUUGGUGGAUUAACAACUAGACCUUCAAAGUCAUUGUCUCAGGAAUUAGAAGAGUAUGUCCAGAGUUCCGGAGAUGACGGGAUCAUCAUCUUCUCACUCGGGACCUAUGUCACGUACAUGAAGGAGGAGCUCAUCGCUGUCUUUGCCAAUGCCUUCGCACGCCUUCCGCAGAAAGUCAUAUGGCAGUUCCGAGGGACACCACCGACUGUCGUUACCAAGGUGCCAAAUAUAAAGACCAUGGAGUGGUUACCUCAAAAUGACUUGCUUGGCCACAAUAAGACCCGGGCGUUAAUGUACCAGGGGGGAAAUAACGGUCUCUACGAGGCACUUUAUCACGCCGUACCCAUCGUGGUCAUACCCUUGAUCGGCGACCAGCCCGACGUCGCAGCUCGGGUGACGAGUAGAGGCAUGGGUCUCAAGCUCGACAUCAAGACCAUAACCUCAGAGAAGAUCGUUGACGCCCUCAAUGCUGUCAUCCAUGAAAAACAAUACAAAGAAACGGUGAAAAAGCUGUCGGCCAUUUUCCACGACCGCCCGAUGAGACCAGUCGAAAAAGCCGCAUUUUGGAUCGAACACGUGAUCAAACACGGUGGUGAAUACAUGCGAUCACCUAUACAUGACUUAACGUGGUAUGAGUAUUACCUCAUCGACGUCGCCGCCUUCUUCCUUCUCGUGAUCGUCGUCCUAGUCGUUUUUAUUGUGUACUCAUGUAAAUUUGCGUUAAGGUGCUGCAAGAGAGUUUGUGUCGGCAAGAAAGCAAAGACUGAAUGAUGAAAAUUUUCAAGGUGAUAAAAUUAUGAUAACUGAUGUCAAAAUGUUGACGCAGUAUUUAGGGGAACGUUUCAUGAAGACUUAUGUUAGUGAUUUUUCACCGACAGUUGUAACAAGCUACUGAAAAUCCUUACGUGUGAUUGGCUGAGAGCAAAUUAGUCGGUAAAAAUCAAGGACAAAACUCGUCAUGAAAUAUUCCCCGCUGUCUGGCAGAAUUAAAUGUUAUUAUCCUGCAAUAGAAAUGAAUAGUUUCAAAGUGUAUUUUUAUUAGAUUUAACAAUCACUUUCAGGAUAGUUUUUUGUAUUGCUUUAUUCUAUUCACUGUAAUUUAUUCUAAGGCAAUUCCAAUCAUAGUUAUGCAAGAAGGAAAUGGGCGAAUUCGAUGAAUAAUAUAUCGUUUAAUAUGUCCUUGCAGAGCAAUAAGAAUAACACUUCAAAAUUAAUGGUUGACUUUUUUUUCUUUUGUCAUCGGUAGUUUCAAGAAGGGUUCUAACUUUAAUUAUAUAAACUUGCAAAGCUUUCCUUAAAACGAAUACUUGCUUAAAUUGAAGCAUUUCUUUCGACCACAUUAUGCAAAAAUGAAUAUGUUAUAUACCCCUUCUAAAUCGAAUUUCUCCUAGGCUAUUGGAACAGAUUUAUGUGUUCCCAUUAAUAUGUAAAGAUACCGGAUAUUUUCUUUAUCCAUUACCAAGACACGUUCAACAGUCCCGUCCUUGGCGUUGACGCAAUCGGAAUUUCACAGAGGUUUCCCCAACAGUGCAAAUCUAUCUUGGAGAAUUAUACAGAUGGUGAAAGUGCGCUUCGCGGGAUCCCCCGAUGUAAGCCGCUGCUAAGUUGCUCACGCCGACUUUGGGAUUAUGUUGCUAUGGAAUAAGAUGAAUAUGAGUAUCAUGCUAUCAUUGACAUGGCAAUCAGUAAAAAGUCAAUGAUAGACCUAUGAUUUCAUGAAUUGCUAGUUUAUUGGGGCUUUUUGUGUUUUUUAUGCUGGUGAGGUAUGUUCACAAGUCGGUGUCUGUAUUUCACUUGAUUAUACAUCACGCUCCGAAUUGGACAUUACAGCCUAAUAUUCUAAUAUGUGUUUUAAAUUUAUGUGGUGAAAAUGAAACGUCUAUUUACCUUCAAUAGACCUUCACUUGUUUUUUACCGAGAUUAGUUUCUAUACAGGAUUAGCUUGUUCUGUAAUCACGUUUAAUUUGUGCAGAAUUUUAAUGAUGCCAUCAUCACUCUAAACACAAAAGCAUACUAGAAUAAAGAAAUUGUUAAAUCGGUGCAAAUGUUAUUUUAGUAGUCGCGAACCCAGUCAUUUUUUUACUAUAAUGAAAUAUGACUAGACAACUUGAUUUGAGCUAUUAAUAUUUUUUAAAUUUCUCUGUUAUGACCAAAACCUUGCUUUAGUGUGGGGCAACUGUCAAAACAUCUCUCGAGUUGUUAAGAAUCUAGACCUUUUUAUUGUGAUCGUAUGACGUGCAAUUGUAAUUGGAGUUAAUAUCAUGCAUAGAAAUGACAGUAAUAUUUUAGUUUAAAUGCAAUUGUAAUUUAGAACUGUAGAAUGACUUUGUGCUUUCAGAACUUAUCUGACAAAACCCUUUUCUCGCCGUGAUUUUUUUAUUGAUUUUCUACAGUACACAAAUAUAUUCUGAAGAACAGAUGAUAUUCAUGUGUAUUCUUCUUGUUGAGUCUAUCAUUCAAUAAGGAAAUAAUAUUUGAACUCAUGCACUCAUCAUUUUAUCAAUGCUAAGUUUAUUCUUUCAUUUUGAUUAAAUUUGACUUUUUUACUGCA